AUUUUGCAGGCGGAGCAAGUGAGGCCCGACUCCUUAAUGUAGGGGACUCGGUCGGGAAAUUCUAUCCACCUCCCUGUCCUCUGUUUGCCAGGCUGCAGGCAAGGCCCUCCUGGACUUUGCCUCUAGAAAGAGAUAACUGCAAGUUGCUGCCCCGGCGCUCAUCGCCCUUCCCCCUCCUUCCCCAGCGGCCGGGAGCCCUUUUCACAGAGCACUGCUCCCUAAAUGUGGUGUGGUCACAGUGGGCUGAAGGCAGGCCCUGGAGGGGGCCUGUGAUAGUUGUCAUGUACCUCUCAACACCUCCCUGAGUAGUUGCUUUUGUUUCUCUCUUCUUUUCCCGAGAGAGCUUGGAGGUAACUUGCCAUAGGUGAUGGUUUUUGGAAAGAGUUGACAGACCUCAUUCUGCACUGCUUGGCUCCUCCCUCAGGAAUCUAUCUACCCCUGCCCCCCAACUCCCUCCUCAGUUCCUCUUGUCUUCACCAGGAGCAAUGGGAGCAAGGCUACUACUAAUCUUGAGGAUUUGUGGAGGUUUAAGGCAGAGGCCUCUAGUGUGCAGGGCUGUGAGAAGGCCGGGUCUGGGAAGCCUCAGCAUGAUCUGUGCCAGCAGGCUGCUCUCGUGCCAGGUGGACAAGGCAAGCAUCCAGCAUGGUGGGGAGAAUGUGGCAGCUGUCCUAAGGGCCCAUGGUGUGCGGUUUCUCUUCACACUGGUCGGUGGGCACAUUUCCCCGCUGUUGGUGGCCUGUGAGAAGAUAGGCAUCCGUGUGGUGGACACCCGCCAUGAAGUCACAGCCGUCUUUGCCGCUGAUGCUGUGGCCCGCCUGACCGGGACGGUGGGCGUAGCAGCAGUGACAGCAGGCCCUGGUCUCACCAACACAGUGACUGCAGUGAAGAAUGCCCAGAUAGCUCAGUCCCCGGUCCUGCUUCUGGGUGGGGCCGCCAGCACGCUGCUGCAGAACCGGGGUGCACUCCAGGCCAUUGAUCAGAUGUCCCUGUUUAGACCACUGUGCAAGUUUUGUGCUUCUGUGCGGAGGGUGCGGGACAUUGUGCCCACUCUGAGGCUUGCAAUGGCUGCUGCCCAGUCAGGCACCCCAGGCCCAGUGUUUGUGGAGCUGCCCAUCGAUGUGCUGUACCCCUACUUCAUGGUCCAGAAGGAGAUGGUGCCAACCAAGCCGCCCAAGGGCCUCAUGGGUCGAGUGGUCUCUUGGUACUUAGAGAAUCACCUGGCCAACCUCUUUGCAGGAGCCUGGGAGCCUCAGCCUGAGGGGCCUUUGCCUCUGGACAUUCCCCAGGCAUCCCCCCAGCAGGUUCAGCGCUGUAUGGAAAUCUUGAGCCGAGCCAAAAGGCCCCUUAUUGUGCUGGGGAGCCAGGCUCUGCUGCCCCCGACACCUGCUGACAGACUUCGGGCUGCUGUGGAGACUCUUGGCAUCCCCUGCUUCUUGGGAGGGAUGGCACGAGGACUGCUGGGCCGCAACCACCCCCUCCACAUCCGCCAGAACCGGAGCGCCGCCCUGAAGAAAGCAGAUGUUGUGCUCCUGGCAGGAGCCGUGUGUGAUUUCCGCCUGUCUUACGGUCGUGUCCUUAGCCGCAGCAGCAAGAUCAUCAUUGUCAAUCGUAACCGGAAAGAGAUGUUGCUUAACUCAGACAUGUUCUGGAAGCCCCAGGAAGCCGUCCAGGGAGACGUGGGCUCCUUUGUGGUGAAGCUGGUGGAAGGCCUCAAGGGCCAGACGUGGGCCUCAGACUGGGCAGAGGAGCUUCGGGAAGCUGACCGGCAGAAGGAGCAGGCCUUUCGGGAGAAGGCAUUGACACCAGUAGCCCAGCACCUGAACCCAGUGCGGGUACUGCAGCUGGUGGAGGAAACUCUGCCUGACAACUCGAUUCUGGUGGUCGAUGGUGGGGACUUCGUGGGCACUGCCGCCCACCUGGUGCAGUCUCGUGGCCCCCUGCGCUGGCUUGACCCUGGGGCCUUUGGGACUCUGGGGGUUGGUGCAGGAUUUGCACUCGGGGCCAAACUGUGCCGGCCGGAUGCUGAGGUGUGGUGCCUGUUUGGAGAUGGAGCCUUUGGCUAUAGCCUCAUUGAAUUUGACACUUUCGUCAGGCACAAGAUCCCAGUGAUUGCCUUGAUAGGGAAUGAUGCUGGCUGGACACAGAUUUCUCGGGAGCAAGUGCCCUGUUUGGGCAGCAAUGUGGCCUGUGGCCUGGCUUACACUGAUUAUCACAAGGCAGCCAUGGGACUUGGGGCACAGGGCUUGCUGCUCUCACGGGAGAAAGAAGAUCAGGUGGUUGAGGUGCUUCGUGAUGCUCAACAGCAGUGCCGAGAUGGCCACCCAGUUGUGGUCAACAUCCUCAUUGGGAGGACAGACUUCCGAGAUGGCUCCAUCGCUGUGUAGGGCCUCCUGGGUCAGUACCCUUGGCUUCCCCAUCCUUGGACUGUGCCUGGCUGGGUUAGAGUCCUUGCCUGCCUUCGACCUGGCCUAUCAGGUCCAGUGACUCUAGAACCCUCCCUGAAGAUGGGGUGGAGAUGGAGGGGUCAGAGCUCAGUGAGGCUCACUGGAAAGCUCCUGGACCUCUUUCUCUGGGGGCACAACUGCCCUCUCUCCCUUCUUCUCAUCCACACUGAAUAAACCAUCUCUGGUCCAUGUGUUCAUGGGGGCCCGAACACUCCA